CCGAAAUUUCCUCCGUGCAACGUGAGGUCAACGUCUGAGAGCCUGGCAAACGCGCCGCGGCGGCUACGAACAUGGCGGGGACGUCCAGCACUACAUCCUCUCUCACAUCAACGUCACAUACCUUGUCCCACGCCCCAGCCAUGGCGCCAGCAGCUGUGCAAGCCGAGAGUGGCUCGGCCGUCACAGUCUUCCUCGACUCAACUUUCCCUUCAAAUCGACACGUCUUUCUCCAUCCAUCGCCUUUGCUUCCCGCCGGCUCACUCCAGCUGACAAAAGAGGCGCUCGAUUCACUGGCUGGACAGGUCGCCGACCAACAACAGCAGAGGAUACGAGAUGGGGGCAAAAAGCGCAAGCGGGAGGGUACCCAGGACAAGACCGCUGUCUUGAAAAUCAGGAAGCUUCACAUCGAUGGUUUCGAGACAGGUCAGGUUUGGCAGCAAGCCAAGAAGAUCAUCACAAGCACGCUCCAGGAGUCCACUCACAUGCUCAGGGAGCUUGAAGAGAACAACGAGAUCGUGCACGUGGCGGAAGAGGAUUCUAAGGAUGCUAAGGCUAUUAUUGAGUUUGGCGAGGAUGGAUUUGAGCUGGGCUCUGACGAGGACGAGUCUGCCAGUAGCGGCGAUACGGAAGAAUCGGACGAUGAAAGCGCUGGGCUCGAAGAUGAGGAAAUGCUCGAUCUUGAGGCGGAAGAGGAGGAGGAGGAGGACGGAGAAGGGGAGGAAGUUGAAGUUGAAGAUGAAGAAGAAGAGGAAGCAGGAGGAGAGGACGGAGAGGACGAAGGGGCUGGAGACGACAAUGAAGCUGAUGAGGAGCUUAUCGAAGAUCCCCACGGCCUCAACGACGGCUUCUUCUCGAUAGAUGAGUUCAACAAACAAACGCAAUGGUUCGAAGAUCAGGAUGCCCGUGCAGACCCGAAUACGGAUCGCUUGAGCGAUGAGGAAUCAAUCGACUGGCAUGCUGAUCCGUUCUCGGUCAAGAAGCCUCGCAAAAAUGGGGAAGACGGAGAAGACGGAGAAGACGGAGAAGACGAGGACGAAGAUGAUGGGUCAGAACUCGAUAUCGAUGAGGCGGAAGAUGAAGAUGAGACAGGCCCGGCCCCGAGGAAGGAAGAUCUUCUCAAAGAUCUGGAUGAAGCUAGCGACGACGAAGAGGGUGGGGACCUACAGGACGAUCUAAACGACAUGGGCUUCGAUCUUACAGCGAACGACAUCUUCUACGAUGAUUUCUUUGCUCCGCCGAAGAAAAAGUGGAAGCCCGGUAGCUUCAAGAAGCGGAAAUCCUUACCCAAGCCGUCUCGGCCGGAUGACGCCGAUAUCGAGAGGGCUGAGAAUGACGUUCGUCGUGACCUCUUUGAUGAUCUGUCCGAACGGUCCGAUUCAGAGGAUGCCCUGUCAGACGUUUCGGCUGGCGACCCGAAGUCGCGUCGUUCGGCCCAUGAGCGGCGCCAAGCCAAGCUGGCGGAGGAGAUCCGCAAGCUUGAGUCUGAACUGGUUGCCAAACGAGCCUGGACCCUUGCCGGUGAGGCUACCGCCGUCGACCGGCCGGUCAACUCCUUGCUCGAAGAGGACUUGGACUUUGAGCAUGUCGGCAAGCCGGUUCCAGUCAUCACCGAGGAAGUUUCUGAGUCUAUCGAGGAGCUGAUCAAACGGCGCAUCCUGGCCCAAGAAUUUGAUGAGGUGCUCCGUCGGCGUCCAGACACCUUCGGCAGUCCGAGCGGCGCUCGCCGUGGCCUUGUCGAUGUGGAGGACACCAAGGGCAAACAGAGUCUGGCAGAAAUUUACGAGGAGGAACAUGUCAAGAAGGCCAACCCAGACGCCUAUGUCAGCCAGGCUGACGAGAAGCUCCGCCGUGACGAGGAGGAGAUCAAGAAUAUGUGGAAGGAGAUCAGCGCCAAGCUGGACGCGCUCAGCAGCUGGCAUUACAAGCCCAAGCCUGCGGCACCGACUCUUACCGUUGUUUCUGACGUUGCUACAGUUGCUAUGGAGGACGCACAGCCUACGACUGCCCAAGGCGUGGCGGGCGGUCAGAGCAUGAUUGCACCGCAGGAGGUGUACGCCCCUGGCAAGGACACAGCCGAGAAGGGCGAGGUAGUGGCUAAGAGCGGGUUGCCUGUAGCCAAGCAAGAGAUGAGCCGUGAGGAGAAACUACGGAGACGCAGACGCGAGAAGGAGCGCGUCCGCAAGGCCGGCGGUGCUGACGCGAACAAGCCUGCCAGCAAGAAGGCUCAGGCUCAGCGCGAGGCAAUGAAUGACUUAAAGAAGGGCGGUGUCAGGGUCAUUAACCGCAAGGGCGAGGUUGUGGGCUUAGAUGGGAAGAAGGUGGUAGAGCAGAAGGGGCCGCAAAGUAGUGGUGCCUUUAAGCUGUAACGUACCGAAGCGGGUGUGAUUCUUUAGCAUGUACAAUGUCGCUUGACAGUGAGAAGACACAACUCCCCGCUUGGGGCGGUCUCCGAGCGAAGGAGUUGGAUCAAGGCCCAAUUCGUGAACUGGAACAGUCCGCCGCUAGAUUUCGGUGACUCCUAAUUCCUCUCACAGGAACCUGUAUCACGUCUCGACGUCUGCCCGGCUUAUUAAAGCGGGAGUCUGGGGCUAUGCAACACCUCAGCGAGAACUUGAAGCCGACUGGAGUCUUCGCUACGGAUAGUAGGUUCGUUUUGUGACGUCGUGGCCCGGAAAAGCCAAGCGGCGCUG